AACAUUAUUGUCUUUCUUGUUUGGAGAAUGUUAAUAAUUUUGGGGGGCGUGAUCCAUAAUCUGAAUGGGAUUCCAGCUAGUGGUGAAAGUGUAAUCCGCUAAAGCUGAGCAUAGAUUUUCGAACUGUACUCAGCUUUACUAUCAGUGUAUAAGGCGUUGGCCCGUGCCCAUCGCUGAGUAGCAAUGUUCUCUGCAGUUCACUGGCCAGCUGAAUAGUACAGUUGUCGAGGAAGUGAAACAGAAAGUAACUUAAUACAACAGACAGGUAUUUUUCCAGAGCUGAUUUGGUGCCAUAGUUUCGCAGCAUGGCUGACCACAUUCGUGAAAGAAUGAGGUGUCUCGAAAUCCUUGACCUUAAUCCAACAGCAACAGAAGAUGAGAUUAAAAAGAAAUACAAGACUUUGGCUUUGAAAUACCACCCAGAUAAGAACAAAAGUGAAGAUGCAACAGAGCAAUUCCAAGAAAUACAGUAUGCAUACAAGUACCUACAGGAAGGUCCUGAAAUUUUGGACCACCACAGUGAAGACGAUGAUGAUGGUAUUCCUAUCUUUUUUCUCAUGCGACUCUUUCCUUGGUUGUUUCAAAGCUAUGCUGGGAAGCGCCCAACCUAUCCUCACUUUUUCAUGUAUGACGAUUAUGAUACGUCUUCAGAUGAGGAGUAUGAUACACCAGAUGACGAAUACAAGGCAAGCAAUUAUAAACCAACAAGUGAUGCUUCCUCAGCUCAGAAAUCUACGAGUGCUAAAAGUCGGAAAAGUGAAUCGAAACGGCAGAAAAAGAAGCGUGCCAAGCAGAAGAAGAGGGAGGAGAAAAGUGCUGCUGCAAAAACACAAAAGGAAAAAGUACAAACUUCAUCAGACUCUAGCUGCAGAGAAAAUCCCAUCACAGCAGCAGCACAGACAGAUCAAGCAAAAGAUGACAACUCUGAAAAGCCAGAUGCGGGAAGACAGGGCUGUCUGGCAUCAAACAAAGACAAUCCAGUAUCUGCAGAUUCCGCAGCUAGUGAGGUGCUACAAGCAGAAGAGGCCAAGAGUGGACAACCUUCUAUUGUUCGUGAUAAUAGCCAGGCUGAUACAAAUGCCGAGGUGUCAAAGUCCAGCACCAAAAAUACCGGUGCUGGUCAGCCUCAGCCAUUACAGCCACCACGCCUGCCACCAAAGAAGUCCAAACAGCAGAUCAGAGAGGAGCAGAGAAAACGGGAGGAGGAAGCCAUCAAGAUUCGGAAAGAGCUGGAAGAGAAUCUUCGUCUGGAGCAAGAACGCAAAGCCAGGAAACAGGCAGCUCGCGAGGAGAAGGAGCGCCUUGAGGCCGAACGCCGAAAGCAGCAGGAGGAGGAAGAGAUUGCAGCAGAAGCGCAGCGUUUGAAACUGGAAGAAAAGAAACAUGCAGAAGAGAAAGCCAGGAAGCAAAAGGAGGAAGAAGAGGAGAAGGAAAGACAGCGCCUCCUGGCGGAGCUGGACACCAACAUGUUCAUGGAUUCUUCUGGAGAUUUUCUGACAAGGGAUUCAGAAGGAGUGGGCAACAUCAAGAAAAGGACAGUUGUUUACACCAGUCCAGAGUAUGACAGUCAGUGUGAACAAAGGAGCGAAAGACCAGUCUUUACUGGACCGCCAUCCCACAAUCAGCCUUUCGGACAGUCAUCUUUCAAUCAGCCUUUCAGAGCUUUCAGAGGUGGCAGAGACUUUAGGUUCCCAAGAGGUGGUCCAAACAGAGGUUUCCAAUUCAGACCAACCUUUCAGACAGGAAACUACCCAACCAAAAUGGAACCUAGCUCCCAGACCUGGGAGGAGCAAAUGCAAAUGAGUGAGCGGUGGGAGGAGCAACAUCGGGCUGGGAAGAGUUCACAACCUGACAAUGACCAAAAAAGUCAUUCUGAUAACCAUGAAUUGUUCAGUGCUGCCUCUGCCAGGGGCCCACCAGAGAGCCCUCAGCAGACCUUCCACAAACAAACAGAUGCUUCCAUGCAAGAUUACAGGAGAGUGAACCAGCUCACAGACCCAGUGCCAUUCAGACUUAAUGAUCCCAACGUACCUCAGCCAACCUUUGGUGGGGGCUUGAGUGGCCCUCCUGGCAAACAUGGUGGUGUUCCUGGUGCACAAGCAUCAAUCAAUGCAGGUUCCAUGCAGCAAGCCGGUGCAGUCAACCAACCUAAUGGUCCUCACUCUGCUGGCAAAGUUGUUCACAAUGGCUUUGCUUCAGACAGUCUCAGGGGAAGAGGCAGAGAAAAUGUAGGUCUUAAUGACACCCAGAAAAAUAAUUUGCUCCAUGGAGGAGAUGACAGGAUGCAUAUGGAAGGGAAACACAAUAACCCCACCAGACCAACAACAGGAGAUGUGAAAGCUUCAUUGCCAGAAAAGAGAGACCAUGGUAUUUUCAAUGGCAGCAGACUUGAGAAAGUUGUGGAGAGAUCCUCUAGCAUCAGCAGUGAUGGAUCUGACUUUCACCAGCUGCCCUCCAAGCCUCAUUUUUCAGCAGGAAUGCGUCCUCCUCUAAACCGCCCUGCCGUGCACUCAGCUGUUAGUGGUACGCCACCUCUGCUGCCCUUCCCCACUCCUGGAUUGCCCCCUGGCUUUAAUCAGCAGAAUUUACCAGGAUUUUCACCUUUCGUGCAUCAACCAAUCUUCACUCAGAGGCCAGUAACACCUCAGCCUUUUGUAUCACAACCUGCUGUCUCUCAGCGUGCACCUAGUUCCAGUCAAACAAUACUUGCAGCCCCAUCUUUUGUGCACAUGUCACAUAUUGGGGGGCCUCCCUUUCAGCCAGGGCCACCAGGCCCACAGUUUGUGUCUCCCUCCCAACAGGCUUCUUCACAGUGGACCGUGCAUCGGCCAGCACAAGGCCAGAUGCCUCAGCGUGGGAGUGUGCCUCCAUUUGACAGUAGGCCUCAACCUGCUACUAGUUUACACCAGGCCUACAAAGGCAGUGGAGGCAAUGGUAGUGACGUUUUCAGCAGCAGCCAUGGGCUUGAUGACAUAGACGACUGAGACUUGCUGAAGAGAUCCGACUUUGCAAAGACAUACAGCUUAUGAUUUGUGGGUGUGAUUUGCAGCAGAAAGUGUACUUGUGUGACAGAGAUGUCAGAGUGAGACAUAAAUGAAGGUGAGUGUGUGUGUUUUUCACACAUGCACAAGAGAGAGAGAGUGUGUGUGUGAACUUCCAUGCAUGAGUGUCCAUGUACCAACAGUCUCAGUAUUUGAGUUAAUUUUUUUGUUUUUUAGACUUUCGGCAUCAGUCAUGGCAUUUUUAAGUAGAAGCUCUGAAAAAGCAGGAGCCAUUAUGCUCAGACUGCAUUGCAGUGUGAAUCUGUAAUCUGGUUGUGUUUUAUUUUUUUUUUUUGCUGUUGUUGGGUUAGCUGUCUCAACUCAUUAGGGUCUUUGACACAGACUGUGAUCUCAUUCUUUAAAAAAAAAAAAAGGAAGAGAAGCCCUCUUCUUUUAAAAAAAAAGACAGCUGAUUAUCAUUAGCACCAUAAAGUCUAACCAUGUUCUUGUUUGGUUACUUUUGGCUGACAUAACUUUUAAUGGCUUAAUUUGCCUGUGGCUAUUCUUCUUGUUCCUAUUCGCCCCCAGUGGAGCAUAGGGCUGCAAUCACACCCCGCCAUCGGACCCAGUUCUAUGCAUCCCUUUCCAGUUGGGACUAUGUCAUGCCAGCUGUCUCCGCCUCUCUG